AUGAUGGACUUGCGGCUUCUUUCGGCCCUCGGGGCGCUGCUGUGCGUCUGCUGCAGCAUCGAGGAUGGCUCAGCUUUUACGUUCAAGACUUUCACGGGCACCGAAAUUGCCACAACUGCGAUCUCGACCACCGUGGUCGUGGAGCGUCCUUGUGAGUGUCGAGCUCUGUGCCGGGACGCAUGCGCUGCGGUAGCCAUCAGGCGGCAAUCGCGUAGCCGCUACCGCUGCUCCUUUACCGGACAAAGCAUCACUGACACCAGCACCGGCACCGACCUUUUGGUCCGUGCGCCUGACAGCAGGGUUUUCUAUAAACGCCAGGGAUGCCGACCCAACUUCUCGCUCGUGGACAACGUGGGCUGCAUUUACCUCUCCACCGUCAAACUGAACUUCACCGCCGCCGCUGCAUCCUGCCCCUCCGGCUCACAACUCUUCACCGCCAGCUUCCUGAUCGACUUCGACGCCAUGCGGAACUACUUACUGAAGAACUACCUUUCCUCUCUCGAGACUGCAUGGGUUGGACUUAGCCGUACCUCGAAUCCAAAAACUUGGGAAUGGUUGGGGGGCGGGACCAUUCCAUCCAUUCAACCUUCGCCCUACUGGGGCAAAUAUGAUCCAGACGGAGCAACGGAUUGUCCAGCAAUGCAUUAUAGUUUAUCAGCAGGCUACUUAUAUCAUUUGGCCGAUCUUGCCUGUGGCGAUAACCUCAAGUUUCUGUGUAAGCAGAAUUAAAUUCAGCUGUGCAAAAUUGAAUAAAAGCGUGCCUUCUGCGUACC